GUAACAGGAGAGACGCCGCUGAACGCGUACAGUAGACGCGUCGCGCAGUGGAGGAGACACACACCUGAGGAAUAGCGGCGCGAUGGCUGAUCAUCUGAUACAGAUCAAUGACUCCACCAUAGUCAAUCGAUUCGCGCGGAAAGGAGCUCUGCGACAGAAGAACGUGCACGAAGUUAAAAACCACAAAUUUAUCGCUCGAUUCUUCAAGCAGCCCACAUUCUGCAGCCACUGCACCGACUUUAUCUGGGGAUUUGGAAAACAAGGCUUCCAGUGCCAAGUGUGCUGUUUUGUGGUCCACAAAAGGUGCCAUGAGUUUGUUUCGUUCUCCUGUCCAGGGGCUGACAAGGGCCCUGACACAGAUGAUCCCAGAAGCAAGCACAAGUUUAAGAUUCACAGCUACGGCAGUCCCACCUUCUGCGACCAUUGCGGAUCGCUGCUGUACGGCCUCAUCCACCAGGGGAUGAAAUGUGACACCUGUGACAUGAACGUUCAUAAGCAGUGUGUGAUGAACGUGCCAAGUCUGUGCGGGACCGACCACACCGAGCGCAGAGGAAGAAUCUUCCUCAAGAUCGACGUCAGCGGAGACAGACUCCACGUCACAGUUGGUGAGGCCAGAAAUCUGAUUCCUAUGGACCCCAAUGGGCUCUCAGACCCAUAUGUGAAGCUCAAACUCAUCCCAGAUCCCAAGAAUGAGACUAAACAGAAGACCCGAACUAUCCGCUCCUCGCUCAACCCCACUUGGAACGAGUCCUUCAUGUUUAAGUUAAAGGCGUCGGAUAAAGAGCGGCGUCUGUCCGUGGAGGUGUGGGAUUGGGACAGAACCACCCGUAAUGACUUCAUGGGCUCCAUGUCCUUUGGUGUGUCGGAGCUUAUCAAAGCUCCUGUAUGCGGCUGGUAUAAGAUGUUAAACCAGGAGGAGGGUGAGUACUACAACGUGCCCAUCCCAGAGGAGAACGACAUUAACCUGGAGCUGCGGCACAAGUUUGAGGCCUGUCAGUUCAAUAUCCACCUGCUGAAGAAAGCCAAGUUUGGUCCUGGAAAGAAAGUCAUCACUCCCACUGAUCACCGACGCUUCAGUUUGCCAUCCGGAAACAUGGACAGAGUUCGACUCAAUGACUUCCAUUUCCUGGCUCUUCUUGGCAAAGGCAGUUUUGGGAAGGUGAUGUUGGCAGAGAUGAAGUCCACUGAGGAGCUGUAUGCCAUUAAAAUCCUUAAGAAGGAUGUGGUGAUCCAGGAUGAUGAUGUGGAAUGCACAAUGGUGGAGAAGAGAGUGUUGGCCCAGAGAGAAAAGCCACCUUUCCUCACCCAGCUGCACUCCUGCUUCCAGACUGUGGAUCGUCUGUACUUUGUAAUGGAGUACAUUAACGGUGGAGAUCUGAUGUAUCACAUCCAGCAAGUGGGCAAGUUUAAGGAGCCACAAGCCGUAUUCUAUGCAGCAGAGAUUGCUGUCGGACUGUUCUUUCUUCAUAGGAAGGGAAUUAUUUACAGAGAUCUGAAGUUGGAUAAUGUGAUGUUGGACUCCGAGGGCCAUAUCAAGAUCGCAGACUUCGGCAUGUGUAAGGAAAACAUGUAUGAGGGCAUGACAACACGCACCUUCUGCGGAACACCGGAUUACAUCGCCCCGGAGAUAAUCGCCUAUCAGCCGUACGGUAAAUCAGUGGACUGGUGGGCGUACGGCGUGCUCCUCUAUGAGAUGCUGGCUGGGCAGCCUCCAUUUGACGGCGAGGACGAGGACGAGCUGUUUCAGUCCAUAAUGGAGCACAAUGUGUCCUACCCCAAAUCCCUGUCGAAAGAGGCCGUGUCCAUCUGUAAAGGGCUGAUGACGAAGCAUCCAUCUAAGCGUCUUGGUUGCGGUCCGGAGGGUGAGAGGGAUAUAAAAGAGCAAGCUUUCUUCCGCAGAAUUGACUGGGAGCGGCUGGCCAACAGAGAGAUCCAGCCUCCUUUCAAACCCAAAGUGUGCGGCAAAGCAGCAGAGAACUUCGACAAAUUCUUCACCCGCACGCAGCCCAUGCUGACCCCUCCAGACCAACUGGUCAUCGCCAACAUCGACCAGAGCGAAUUUGCUGGAUUCUCUUUCAUAAACCCAGAGUUCAUUCACCCAUCGUCGCUUCACAGCGUGGUAUGAGACGGCCCGAUGAAGAAGAGGCUCAAACUAACAACCGCAUCCAUGUUAUUUAUGAACUCACCAAAUCUUUGUAGACAGUUGAAUACCCUUUAUCUGAACAUAUCUGAACUGAGGGGGGGCUGGAGAAGCGGUUUUGAUGGCUGAAUGGAGAUGUAUCCACAUUCAGACUUCGAGGGCAAUAUCUAAUGGAGAUGAUGUACGAUCUGUUCCAAAGCCUGGUGAGCAUUUAUAGGCACUAGACACUCUUAAAAAUAAUUGUCCUUUAUUGGCACUGAUGGUUCUAUGAAGAAUCUUUAACAUCCAUAGGACCGUUCCAUUACACAAAAGGAUCUUUAGAUUUUUAAAUGUUCUAAGAAAAAAAAAGAACUUUUUAAAACAAAAAUGGUUCUUCUAUGGCAUCACCUAAAAAGUUCUAUGGAACUUUUAUUUUUAAGAGUGCAGACUUGUUCCCAACAAAUCAUUAUUUUAUGAGGUUCCAUCUCGGUUAGAAUGCUGCUUGUGUAGGCAGUAGGCAGCUCUCUAGGCUUUUAAACAGAACAAUACUGUAGUAAUGACAGUUUAUCUAAUGCUUGUAUGCAGAUAGAAGUCAUGUGCAGGCCCAGUAUAUUUUACAAAACCUACAGAUAUUUUUGAUGGUGGAGAUGGUGAACGAUCCCCUUUUCCAGUCCUCAGAUUAUUGUGUGUGAAGCAUGCUGACAUGAAACAGGUUUUUGUGUCCUAUUCCUUAUGUCCUCUACUGCCAUUUCUAAUGUUCUUGAAUUAUAUAUUUGUAAAUCUAAAUCUUGUUAUAGGAGUGCCAAAAUAUAACUGCAUCAAAAGAUUUUUAUAUCCAGCUCUAUAUAUGCAUAUUGAUUUCCUACUAGAUGGUGGUGUCCCUUAUCUUGGGCUGAAACUUGAACCCUUAUCGCUCCUCGAGUUUUAGCAUGACAACUUCCAUUCCCGUCACUGCCUGCUCGUCUGGUUUCUACAUAGUCAACAUAUACAGAACUUUUUCUCUCGCUCUAAAUGAGCGAUUCCUCAUUGGUAAUACGCAGGCCCACAGAACUCAAAGAGAAUUGGAACAUCUGUCCUGCACGUCCCUCACCACUUGCAUGUUCAUUUUUAUUAAAUGCUUCAUUUAGCACAUUUAACGAUGUUUAAGCCCAUACCACAGUUUUUCCCUCACAGUCACAGCAAAAAAGUCUGCAGAUUCUUCCUGGGCCUGGUAAUGAGUAACCAUUGCAACAUAUCGAGUCGCUUCAGUUAGAAAUGUAAAUGGUCUUUGGUUUAAAUCUAGCAUAUUAUGCUAAAGAGAACUAGCACUGCUACAACAUAAAGAACAUGUAAAUGCUUACUGUAGGGGGUUGGGUCUCCAAAACCUGUCAAAACUAAACCCAGGACAUAUUUCACCCAAGAAAUUCUUUGCUUAAAGAAAACGAAGCCUGUUUUUAGAACCAUUAAGAUUUUUUUGCAUUGUGACAUUUUCAGCACUCACUGUUAAAGGGGCUAUAUAUAAGAAUUUUCAUGUACUAAUCACUUUUUUAUUGUCAGUGUGUAAACAUUUUGUAAUGAAACUUAAAAAUGAGAACUUCCCCGAGUUCUUAGGUUGUCUAUGAAAGAUUUUUAUGUGAACGACACAUGAAACGAAUGCUUAUACAAUGUUCAGGAUAAAGCCAAAAGAGCAAUUCUGUACUGUAAUGUCAAUGUGUCAUGCAAAGAAAAGGGAUUAAUUGAAACUGUAGUCUCACAUAGCCAGAUCUAUAUAGUCUAUAGUCUCAAAUAUACUUUAAAAUCAAACUAUCAUUAGUGUAAUUUUAAUGACCUCAUCAUUCAAUAUGGUGUAACAUAUCUACAUCACUAUGAUCAGAUGCUUUCUGAACUGCUGCUUUCGCACUGCUAUCAUUUUUGUUGUGUGUUUAUUUUGUUAUUGAGAGGAAAGCGUGCAGCACAUAUUUACAUAUAUAAACGUCACUCUCAGCAGCGUGGAUUGCGUCUGGAUGUUUGUUAACAGUAUAUCGCUGCAAAGGUAUUUUACUUCUUAGCAAAGAACAAAAAGAACUUCACCGUGAGCCUUGAAUCAAGGUCAGUCUCUUGUACGUUACGUGUGCACGAGUGCGAACAGUAAAUUGCUGGAUGCAGUUCACUUAACAGCCACCGGUGUCACUAAUAACAAGAGUUUCUGAAUUCUACAUGUAGCCCCUUUAAGCUUAUUUCCCCUAAAUGCAAAUUCUCCUUACUGAAAUGUGGCAAAAUGCAAAAUAAAGAUUUUUACUGUAAAAUUUAUUGUACAUUAUUAGGUUCAAAUCAUGGUAGUUUUUGUUGUUUGUGCUGCUUUUUACUGUAAUACUUCAUGACAAUAAUCAAAAUCUGAUGAAAAUCAUCACUGAGAAUAACUACAGAAAAAGGUUUAAAAAAAACAUUAAUGUUAAUGUUGAUUUGAGGAGAAAAUGUGCAUAACUGUCCUAACAUUUAUGCCACAAUACAAAAAUUCCUAAUGGUCUUUAAAUGCAGUAUUUCUUUCCAUUUAAAUCAUUACAAUCUGUGACCCCAUAAUGCCCAACAUGAUUUUGUGACUUAUGUUUGAGGGGGAUGGGAGGUCAGUUAUGUAUAACCUCUAAUAUAACCCUUUUUCUGGUAGUGUUUAUGUCCUUUGGUGAUGAAUACUCGUUGUGUUAAACUACAUGUUCUGAAGUUCUUAUCAAAGAGAGCUUUCCAGUAUACUGUAUAUCCAAUAUUUUCUAUCUUUUUAGGUCUUAGUUUAUGAUCAUCAUGCAUUUUUGCUCUGUGAGUACUUUUACGUAGAGCGCUAUGUUUACUCUUACACUAAAGGUACACUAUAUACCAAGAUUUUUGUAAAUACAGAGAAGGCAUACAUUAUCUUGCAGAUUUUAUACUGAGAACUGAAUGUGCUUUUACUAACUUAGAUGGUUUCUAUGUUUAGAUGAUCCAAAAAGACUAGUUUGGCUAAUACUGAGAUAUAGCUUUGGUAUCUGCAAACCUUUGUUAUAUGUAAUUCUGCUAUGUUUUCUAUGCUGAUAGUAGGAGCUGUAUGUAGACUGACUGGGCUAUGUGGAUGUACUCAGUGCUCCUACAUACAGUAUGUGUGUUUGUACUGCAGCUGCUGUGUGCAUGUGGGGUGUCGGCAAAUCAGCGCAUGCGAAACGUGUUGCAUGAUUCCAGGAAUCCGGAGUCCUAUAGCAUGGAACGAUUGUGACACCGAGUACGAUACCUGUCCCACCUUAACUAUCUUCCAUUGUGUUGUUGCUUUCGUUCCUGUUUAGUUUCAGUCAGUGGAUGAAGAACUAGACUUCCAUAUAGAUUCCAGCCACUACUGAGCAAAUUCUGUCUGACUUACCUAUACGACAACAGAAGAUGGAAAUUCAGUAACUUCAGACAUCAUUUUAUGGAUUCUCCUUGUAAUCAGUACCUCAGAAACAUUAGAUGGCUCGGUUUGGGCUCUAGUCUUGUGCCAAGCCCUUGGUGUAACACUGUAGUUAUCAGGUGCAACACUGUUGAAUUUCACCACUGAUUCCUCUCUGAUAUUUUUGAAUUUUAAUAGACCUUUGAUGUGCAAGCCCCUGUGUAUGGAAGAAAAACAAAAAAACAGGAUUAAGUAGAUAUUCCAUGUGUUUAUUUCUUCAUCCCAUGAAGUAAAUGGAUUCAUGUCGAUACGAGUGGAAAUAGAGCCGGUCCUCUUAUUAAGCGAUGCAGAAAGUAUUAAAGUGUUUGUCUUGCAGGAUGCAGGUUAACACAGGUGUCUCACAUUGAGAGUAUUUGAGAAUGUAAAGUUCACGUGUUUGGUUGUGAUUUCUGCAUGUGAGGUGGCAUUCCAGCAUUCACUUGACAUAUUAAGUAUCUUAUAUGAACAUUCCACCCAGCCAUUUCUUAUUAUAGAUUUUAUCAGGAAUUAUAAAUAUUAUUAUUAUUAUUAUUAUUAAAUUAUGAAUUCCCAGACAGUGUUUUAGUUUGAAAAAGUCCUUUCACUCUUCUUUGUUUUUCUUUGUCCCUCUGUUCUUUGUGAAGGAUAAUGUGUAUAAAUAAAUGUAUGACAAAAUGGAUAAUA